AUGGCAAAGCUUUUAGGAAGGGAUUAUAGCAGAGUAUUGACAACAAUGAGAGGAACUACAGGAUACCUUGCGCCUGAAUGGCUUACCGGUGUUCCUAUUACACCAAAAGUCAAUGUUUUUAGCUACGGGAUGGUGUUGUUGGAAAUAAUAUCUGGAAGGAGGAACUCAUGUCCGACAGGUCCUAGCGGUGGCAACACUGAUGUUUACUUCCCUGUGCAUGCCGCACAUAAGCUUCUUGAAGGAGACGUCGGGAGUUUGGUAGAUCACAAGCUACAUGGUAUUGCCAAUCUAAACAAGCUUGAAAUUGCUUGCAAGGUUACAUGUUGGUGCCUUCAAGACAAUGAGCUUGAUCGGCCAACAAUGGGACAGGUGGUCCAAAUUCUCGAAGGGCUAGUUGAGAUCACAUUGCCUCCGAUACCAAGACUGCUCCAAGCUAUGGCUGAACCGCUGAAAGCUCACAUUCAACAUCCUCCUUUUUUGUUUCAGGAAAACGAGCUGCAUUGUGUGUCUAGACAUCAUAAUAUAUGUCUGUCUUAA